ACAUCUAAGCUUCCACCCGGAAUGAUCUACCUUGUCCCGUACUAUUUCCCGUACACACUUUUAAUGCGGCCUAUUGUCGGUCUCAAGCCCGAAGAAAACGCAGAGAGAAAAUGUUGUUAAUAAUUGUAAAUCGUCCUCAUUUAACAAAUCAUAAUCGCGCGCUUGAAAUCGAACUAUAAGUUCUAAAGACGAAACGAACCGACCUUAUAUUCCCGGACGCGGAAUGCGGGAGGAAACCAGACGUUUCAUAACAAGGUGAAUAUUCAACGAGUAGGUGGAAUUUUACGGAAGUGAAAACGUCAACGCGACUUCUAGUUGCUUCCAUGUUCAGUAUCUGUGUAGGCACAAUAAUUAAGAAUUUUACGCUGUAAAAAUGAACGAAGAAGAAAUUGACGAAUUUGAAGAGUUUAAUUGGGAAGUAAAGCCUCCGUAUCAUAAAUUUGUUUGGGCAGUAAUAAGAUCUGCAGGAUGGUACCUGGUUGGAAUUUCCGUAGUUUUGGUUUAUAUAUGGCCACAUAUCAGUAAAAAAUGGAAUAGUUGGAAAAAGAAAAAAGAUGAAAAAAAAUACGAUGCAAAAUAUCAUAAAAAUGUAGAUUUAAGUAUCGAACUACUUGUAGCUACUCAAUUGGCUAGAGAACGAAUGCAAGAAAAAUAUUUAAGAGAUCGUGAAAUUGCGCUUCAAAAAGAGGAAGAGAGAAAAGAAAAGAAAAGACAAGAAUUAUUAAGGCUACAAAAUCAGUCUUCUGGUCGUCGCUUGAAUGAAGAUUCUUCAGAAAAUGUUGGACCAUCUUCAUCUUCUUCAAAAUCAUCAAGAACAAAACUAAGAGGAGAAUACAAUCCUUUGAUGGGUGGAGGUAGUGGAAGAUAUGUUCCUCCAAAACGAUCUUGCUGUAAAAAAGGUGGUGGAUGCGGUUAAUACCAUAUUCAAUGAAACUCAUUCCUACGAAGACUAGAAAUUAAUCAUGCUUACUUUAGAUUAAGUUUUUAUAAAUUUAAAAUGGUAUGUUAAAUUAUAACUAUAAAUGCAAUUAUUUUUCAAAUGUUGUAUAUAAUAUUUUUUUCAUAAUAAGAAUUGUUCCUUAUAGUCUAAGUACCUAAUGAAUUGGGAUAGGAUAUAAGUAUGUGAUAAGCAGUGUAAAAAAGACUGAAUUUGUUUAACAUUACUUUUAUUAAUCAUUAUCGGUAUAUAAUAUGCACUAAUAUACGUACGUAGUACUCCACAAUAGUGAUUGUUAUGGAUUAUCUACAGUCGUGUUUUGUGUUUCUUAAACUAUCAUAAUAAAGGUUAAUAACUCGAAUCGAGCUACAUCGCA